GCUAGAGCGCCGCUUAGCGGCGCCCUCUUGGGCUUCAGGUCCGGCUUCCGGUGUCGUCGCGCUACGCUGGCACUCGGCCUGUGCGCCGCGGCGACACCUUUGUGGGCGGCGGGGCGGUCGGAGACCCUUCCGGAACCCUCUCGGCCUCCCCGCCCCUGAGCGGGGCAGCGGGCGCCGGCCGGCCGGCGGCCCCGGGGUUGGCGCGCGUGCUGCUGGGUAACGGGCCUGUUCGGCCGGCCCCGGGCCGGCCCCGCUCGGCUCCUCGGUGACCUCCAGGGCCCCUGACUGCGGGAGCCGCGGCGGAAGACAUGGGGCUCCCUCGCUGCACCUGUGACGGCCACCUUGACGGGGGAAGCGGUGGCGUCUUCGAGGAAACCGGAAGCCCGUGGUGACCCCUGGCGACCCGGUUUGUUUUCAGCCGGCUUCCAAGCACUGGGGAAGCGAAACCCGGUGGCCUUGGGGACCGCCCUGCGUAGCCAGGGUUCAGGCUGCCAUGGACACUCUGGUGGAAGAUGACAUCUGCAUUCUGAACCAUGAGAAGGCCCACAGAAGAGAGGUGGUGAUGCCGCUCUCAGUGCACCCUGGAGAUGAGUCUGUGGCUUCCCAUUUCGCACUGGUCACUGCUUACGAAGACAUCAAGAAGAGACUUAAGGAUUCAGAGAAAGAGAACUCCUUCUUAAAGAAAAGAAUAAGGGUUUUGGAAGAAAAGCUUGUUGGCGCUCGUGCAGAUGAAGAAACAAGUUCUGUGGGACGAGAACAAGUGAAUAAGGCCUAUCAUGCAUAUCGUGAGGUUUGCAUUGAUAGAGACAAUCUGAAGAACAAACUGGAAAAGAUAAAUAAAGACAAUUCUGAAUCUUUGAAAAUGUUGAAUGAGCAGCUACAGUCUAAAGAAGUAGAACUUCUGCAGCUAAGAACAGAAGUGGAGACUCAGCAGGUGAUGAGGAAUUUAAAUCCACCUUCAUCCAACUGGGAGGUGGAAAAGCUAAGCUGUGACUUGAAGAUACAUGGUUUGGAACAAGAGCUGGAACUACUGAGGAAAGAAUGUAGCGACCUCAGAACAGAGCUACAGAAAGCCAGACAGACGGAUGCAUCUCAGGAAGACAUUCUGCAGGACAGAGAUGUCAUCAGGACGAGCUUGUCGAGAGAAGAGCAUGCUCCCCACCAGGGCCUUCCCCACAGUGAUAAUAUGCAACAUGCGUACUGGGAACUGAAGAGAGAGAUGUCUAACUUACAUCUGGUGACUCAAGUGCAAGCAGAGCUACUGAGAAAACUGAAAACCUCAGCUGCAGUCAAGAAAGCCUGUACCCAAGUAGGAUGUGUUGAAGACCUUGGGAGAGACAGCGCGAAAUUGCACUUGACAAAUUUUACUGCAACUUACAAAAGACAUCCCUCUUUGUCACCAAAUGGCCAAGCUAUUUGUUAUGCUCCUUCUUCCCCUUCGCCAGGAGACAGAAAGGUUUUCUCAGACAAAGCAGUUCUUCACUCAUGGACAGAGAAUGAGAGAUUGGUUCCUAAUGACGGGGCUGACUUUCAGGAGCACAACUCCUAUGGGAGAAAUUCUCUGGAAGAUAACUCCUGGGUGUUCCCAAGCCCUCCUAAAUCAAGUGAGACAGCAUUUGGCGAAAAUAAAAGCAAAAUCUUACCUUUACCCAACCUGCUGCCAGUGCAUUACCUGGAUCAACACACUCAGAGCUGCCUUUACAAAAGUUAACUUGACUUGUGAUUUGAUCACGAAGAUGCUGACGCAGUGCUUCUCCCAAGAGAUUGUUCAAACUGAAAGUGGACUUUGAGUAAUGACUUGUGGAGUUCUCCAGUAUGUACAUUUGUACAUUCUGUAAAACAUUAUUGUAUGUAGUUGAUUUUCCAGUAUGGGAACCUCCCCUUGUACCUUUGAUAACAAUUACACAUUUUUGCUUCUUGGAUAAAGAAUGGAAAUGAAAAUUUUAGACAUGGUUUUAUAAAGUAUGCGACCUGCCUAAAUAGCCAAUCAUUAAAUAAAGAGCAGCCUUUACUAUAAGAGAAAAACCAUGUCUGCUGGUUUAGAUUGUAUCAAAAAGCAAGUAAGAGUGUGAAUAGGUUGUGCUUCUGUAAAUUCCUGAUGCAUAAAGAUUUGAAAUAUAAUGGAAUAAAAGUAGGUUAUGACAUCUCCA